CCUCCCUUCACUCCACGCACUGCCAGCUCUGUUCAAGUACGUUAGAGAUGAUAGUGAGGAUUUUUUUGCCUAUAGGUGUACUAAUCCCAGAUUAACAAUUCUAGGAUUUCAGUGGAUUGAUCAAUGAUGCUCCCCAGAAUCUUGCUGGUGAUCAUCCACUAUUCUAUGUAGUACAAAAACAGCAACCCUGAUUCUUAUGGUUGUACUUUAGGAAGGUUUGAAAACUUUUGGAGUGCUGUAGAGACAGAAGAGGAUGGUUUUCCAAGCACGUGUAAUAGCAAGGUCUGCUUGAGACAGUGGAAGGAGAGAGGUCAAACUGUGCGGUUUAAUCAGCUUAAGACAGAUUCUGCUGAUGAAUUAAAAUCUUGUAACUAGUUACCAGGAGUCUGGAAAGCGGGUUGGCUGGAGAGUCUGCUACCAUUCCAGGCAAUCAGGAGACACUCACAACAAAACGAUGCCGGCGAUUAAUAUGGAAGAUCUGAGCGAGAAGGAUAAACUGAAAAUGGAAGUGGAACAGCUCCGGAAAGAAGCAAAGUUGCAAAGACAACCGGUUUCUAAAUGUUCAGAAGAAAUUAAAAAUUACAUUGAAGAAAGAUCUGGAGAAGACCCUCUUGUGAAAGGUAUUCCUGAAGACAGGAAUCCUUUUAAAGAAAAAGCAGGAUGCAUUAUUGCUUAGAAGAACCAGACCACUUUGUAAUGGGAAUUCAAAAUGUUAAUGAAAAAAGAAAUCUAGUCCGGGUUAAAUUCCAGCAGUUUUGAAUUGACUUUUUAUGAGAACAGAAAUGCUUGUUUAUAAUUUCAUUUCUUGAUGUGUUCCUGUUUCUUAAUUUCCUGUACAUGCUAAUUUGAAUUUGAAGAAAUCUAUUUGUAUAACCAACUUCAGUGUUGUUUUGGUAAUGCCAAUUUAACAUACAUGAUACAAAACCUUCCUUUUCUUUUGCAGAAUACAGAAUUUAAGUUCAAUAGCAUCACAAUGUUGCACUGUAUUUAAAAAUAGGAUUUUGUUACAGUAAGCCAUGAAACCGUGACAAUGUCAAUCUGAAGAAGUGUAUAUGCAAAGGAAAGCUUAUACUCAGAAUUAAACUUUGUUAGUCUUAAAGGUG